AUGACUACUCUUCUAACUCCGCUGUCAUCAACAGUGGGACAAGUUGAAGAGACUAUCCUCCGACGACACCAUCUUCAAUGGUUCGAUCAUAUUCUCCGCUAUCAGAAGCAGAAAGCUAGCGAAGCUGUUUUGCUUUUCAACGUGGGACGUUACCUCGAAGCAAAUAAUGCAUGUUCUCUGCGGAAAGAUAAACCGCUUCCUGAACAUGCCCCGGAUAUCCAAAUCUCCAGUCUUGAUCCCGUCUCGUGGAUUUCGUUUAAUAAUGAAGGUCUGGUUCUUGCAGUUGCGACAUCCAGCUCUUCCAAAGGCACAUUUGUGCAUUUGAUGGAUUUGAGAGAAUGCCUCAAGCAUAGUAUCUGUUCCCUAUCUGAAAUCAGUCGUCCUAUUCGGGUUUGUGGUGGUGAACAGCUUACUGCAGACGGAAAUCCUGGAUGGGAAAUGCGGGAUUUCGCUUGGAACCCAACUGUUCAUAGCUUGUUUGUGACCAUAUUACGUUCGGGUGCUGUUCGUCUGGUCAGUGCCACUCCAAAUCCUACGGAACCGGAAGAGCUAGUCGAUCAGCUUCCACUCACUGUAGAUGCCCGAUGUCUUUCAUGGAGCACAAAGGGAAAACAAUUGGCCAUAUGCAUCAUGGGCACAUUGAUCACUCAGACGGGUCCACUGUCUGGUCCAUUGAUUUUACAAACUGAUCCAAAACUUCGUCUGAAGCGGAUUGUUCAGCUGAACACAGUAUUUGGCCAAAUUGAUGCUACUGGCACUCUAUGCCCUCUGGAUGUGUUAUGGACUUCCCCAUCGUGCUUUGUCAUGGGCUUACGGGCCUCAUCUCAAUCUUCCAGUAUAAGCACAAUGCGCACCGUGAUGGUCUAUGCACCGACUAAAUCCAAUGAAGUCAGCUUUUCCGAAAUCGUUGAACUGCGUCUCCAACCGGAAUCACCACAUCAUCAGUUUUACUUGCAAUCCAUUGGGUCUGGGCAUUUUGUGGCUACUCAGUCUGCUGGCGGGGAGCAAAUGAUCGUAUUCCAGAUCCCAUCAGGAUCUACCGCAGCACCCGCUGCUAUGCUUCAAAUCGAAUUACCGCCAUCUGGUUUUGUGUUGGGUCUGGCAUUAGGCUUCCACUGGCCUAGUUCUUCGUGUUGA